UUUCAUCUGCUUUCAUCUCCUGUUUCAUCUCUCUUUCUCCCUUGCUUCUUUUCUGACCCGGUUCCAGAGUCUGGACACUGAUCUUCACAUGAUGGCGCUUGAUCUGCCGGGUCAUGGGGGUUCAACAAUUCCUGGUCCAGAGGUCAAGACAGACAUAGAGUACGUAAUGGGCAAACUGAAUAAGUUCUUAGACCUGGUCGGUGUCUCUGAUCGCAAGGUGCACAUUGCUGGGUCGUCCCUAGGGGGUGCAAUAUCAGGCAUAUUUGCCGCACACCACCCUGAGCGAGUGGAGAAGGUCAGCAUCAUAUGCCCUCCCAUGGAAACACCAGUGAACAGUGCGUUCCUGAAGGAGUUGAAGCAGGCUAUGGCUCUGGAACCGGAGAGUCUGACCUUCGAGCACUGCUCACUGCUGCCUCAGGACCUGGAGAGCACAAAGAAAAUGUUUGAUCUGUGCACUUACAACAAAGUGUCCGACAAACUCAAUGACCAGAUCUGGAAAGGAUUCCUUCUGCUGAGGCUCAACAGAAAUGAUUUUAAUCUUCGCAUGUUCAAGAAUUUGGCCAACUAUGACUACCUGAACCUGCUGACGUCACUAGCACCAGAAAUAAAGGUGCCCUCUCAGUUGAUUUGGGGCCAGGAUGAUGCAGUCACUCACAUGAGCGGAGCUGAAGUUCUUCAGUCUAAGUUGCCAAACUGCCGUCACGUUGAUAUCCUGGAGCAGUGUGGCCAUGCCAUUGACAUUGAUCGGCCAGGCGCUUUAUGCAAGGCUCUUUCAAAGUUCAUCAAGGAGGACGUGGAUGCUUCAUCGGAGGUCACCACACUGAGGUCAAGCUGGAAAAAGGAGGACAAAAAGGGAAAGUAAAAGGAUCAAAAUGCUGGGUUUGGGGCGAAGUGUGUGUUUUUUUAAUUUUUAAUUUUUUAAUUUGUUUUUUUUAAUAUAUUUAAAUGAGAUAGAAAUCUCAUAAUGAUCAGAAAGAAAGGAAAUAUUUGUAUAUAUUGUUAUGUUGAAUUGUGGCUCAGGAUGUUCCUCCACUUUGGUUCCAAAAGUCAAUUUUGAUAUAAUGAUGGCUUCGCAAUGUUCAAGAAAUUCUGAAUGUUAAAAAAUUUCUCACUCCCAUGAUCUAAAUCAUUUCUCAAGCAGGUUACUGGUGUCUGUGAUGUUGUGAUUAUGCGUUUUGCUGUGGCAUGCUGAAAACCCGAGUUCGAUUCCUUAGUGGGGAGAAAAUUUUUAUCGAGUAUCUCAGUCUCACCCUGCCUGUCUAGGUCAACCCGUGCUGAGUGGGAUACAGUAUCUCUGUUCUGCACAUCGGCGCAGAUUGCGCUUCGUGUUUUAACAAUCGUAUAAAUGCACGGCAAUCUGAAGAUUACGUUAAUAUUGUAUAUUUUUUCAUUAUUUAUUUAAAAAUUCACUCCCAUUUUUAUUUUUUUACUCACAUUAAGGAACAUUCACAUAUAUUUUCAAAAA